AUGCAUCAAUAUUCUUUUAUUACAGUUAUCAUUUUUGUCCUGUUUAAUAUCUGCUAUGUUUGGAGUGGUGCAAUACAAAUAACAAGUAGUAAUAUUGAUUCAGUUCUUUCUUCUCAUCAAGUUGUUUUUAUUAAUUUUUAUGCCAAUUGGUGUCGAUUUAGUCAAAUGCUUAAUCCAGUCUAUGAUCAAUUAGCUGAUAAAGUUUCUAACGAAUAUUCUGAACAAGGUCUUGUUGCUAUUGGAAAAAUUGAUUGUGAUUCUGAAUCAUCAAUAUCAACAAAAUAUCAUGUUAAUAAAUAUCCAACAUUAAAAUUAUUUCGACAUGGUAUUUUGACUAAACGUGAAUAUCGUGGAGCAAGACAAAUCGAUGCUUUAUAUGAAUUUAUUCGUAAACAAGUUGAAUCAUCAAUAAUAAAAUUGUCCAGUAGAAAUGAUCUGUCAGGACUUGAUUCAAAAAAAAGUUAUAUUAUUGGACAUUUUAAUGGCGAAAAGUCAGAGAAUUAUAAAACAUUUUCCAAAGUCUCAAAUCUUCUUCGAGACGAAUGUCAUUUUGCAGCAUCAACAAAUCUAGAAGAAUUUCAAACAGAACGUCCAACAAAUGAUCUUAUUUAUUAUCGUUCUUUACAAUCAUUAAAUAAAAAAGAUGAAUUUUAUAUUGGAUUAAUGAAUAACCAUGAAUCAUUUUAUGUUUGGUCAAAUGAAAAAUGUGUUCCUCUUGUUCGAGAAAUAACAUUUGAAAAUGCUGAAGAAUUAACCGAUGAAGGUUUACCAUUUCUUAUUUUAUUUCAUCAUGCUGAUGAUCAUCAAUCUGUUUCAUUAUUUGAACGUGAAGUUGCUAAACAACUUAUUCAUGAGACAUCAAAUAUUAAUUGUUUACAUGCUGAUGGAGCGAAAUUUGUUCAUCCAUUACAACAUUUAGGAAAAACAGCUGCAGAUUUACCUUUAAUAGUUAUUGAUAGUUUUCGACAUAUGUUUCUUUUUCCAGAUAUAAAACAAAUAUCAGUAAAUGGUAAAUUAUUACAAUUUGUUCAAGAUCUUCAUUCAGGAAAACUUCAUCAAGAUUUUCAUAACCCUCCUCCAUCAACAAAACAAACAAAGAUUCAAGAUAAUGUUGAUUCAGCUGUAACUGGAUUUUUAAAAUCUAAUCCACCAGAAUCUGUUUUUGUUCGUUUAACUCCAAGCCGACAGCGUUAUUCAUUCCGUGAUGAAUUAUAG